AUGUGUGGGAUUCUUGCUGUUCUUGGUUGCGUCGAUAACUCCCAAGCAAAACGUUCCCGUAUCAUCGAACUGUCUCGCAGAUNGAGGCAUAGAUCUGGUCCUGAUUGGAGUGGUCUUCAUUGUUAUGAGGAUUGUUAUUUGGCUCAUGAGCGUUUGGCCAUCGUUGACCCCACUUCCGGAGACCAACCGCUUUACAAUGAAGACAAGGCCAUCGUUGUCACGGUCAAUGGAGAGAUAUACAAUCACAAGGCUUUGCUUGAAAAUCUCAAGUCUCACCAGUUCCGUACUGGGAGUGGUUGUGAAGUGAUUGCUCAUCUUCUUGCUGUUUCUUUGAAGCUAGGCCGUGUUAAUUUGACACAGAUGUUUUUGAAAAACGGUAUUGGAUUGACAAAGAUGAGAGAUUAUAUCCGUCAUGCGAUUGAUGAGUCUAGGUUAGCAGAUAAAUUGAAGGAAUCUGAUGGUUUUGAAAAGUGGUUGUGGGAUCCUCAGGAACUAUACGAGCUAUCAAGAAUGCGGUUUUCAGUGGCUAUGGAAGUGAUUUGUGUCUGUUCAAUCUGGAGGGGUAUAAGAGGGAUUGGAGAUUUGGUAAGAGAGAACUGA